AUGAAAUAUUUCAUUCUUGAACCAGUUUUCAUGGAACUUAUUCUUCUUGCCGCCGUUUAUCCAAAUCGAACUGAACUUAAACUCUUCAAUUUCGAACAACGAACCACUGCAAAAUAUUUUACAGAUGAAUCGUCGCUGCGAUCUGUUUUUCAACAACUUAUUCUUGUUAAUGACGAUAAGAGCGCACGAGUAGGUUCAUUGAAAGAGUAUACAAGAAAUAUGUAUGUGCGCAUCUUGAAUUUCUUCAAAAAUUUAACACAUCUCAAUAUUAUUGGACCAUAUGUUAUGCUAUGUCCAGUUGUUGCUUAUAUUCGAGGUUUAACAAAAUUAUCAUCAAUUUACGGAUCUAUCAUGGCAAGUGAUGUUAGUCUUGUGUCAAGACUUUAUGUAUUUGAUAAUGAUUUGAAGUUAGGCGAAGAAAAUUUUGCUGAUAUAGUCAAUAAAAAUAUUUUAUGCUUAUUAUAUAAUGAAGCUGGAAAAAAUGCAUUCGAAGAUGAUGUUUUUCGAAUUUUCAAUCAUAUCUUAGUAUUUGAAAAUGACUAUCAAGCAAACGUAAUUAAAAUACUUCAGAAAUAUUCAGCAAAGAAAUAUCUUAUUCCCGAUGAAACAAUGCUAGCCUUAGAAAAUGUCAUUAGUAUUCCUGAGUGGUUUGAUCAAGUUUUGAAAGUAUUUGAAAGCAUGAUUUAUAACAAGCAAAGCGUGAGUGAAAAAAUUCUGCAAAUUAUUGCUGAUUACUUCUAUUUAUCUCAUGAUAAAAAAUUACGAGAUAGAUUGUUUCAUCUCUUGACGAUGGUCGAUGAUAAUCAAGAUGUAUCAGAUGAAAUAUUUGAUAUACUAGAAUUAGAAAAGGCUAGCCUUGUUAUUAGUUCAAAUCUAUCUGAUGCUAAUCAUGCUAUCGUUUAUUUAUUUGAAAAGACAAAGGAAGGCAAAAGAUUGACAAUAAACGGUUUUAAAGCAUUGAGCAAAGUAAUUGAUAAUCGAUCGAAACUCAAUGAGGAAAUAUUAAAAAUCAUAUUGAAUACUUCAAAUAAUGAACAAAUCAUAACUGAUGAUUUAAUUCAGAAACUUGUAAAAAGAUUCAAACCUCACAAAGUACAAAAGUAUUUACUUGAAAUAUUUGAAAAUUUAGUGAAAAAUAAUCAGGAUAUACCGAACGAACUUUCAUUCAAAUCAGAGAUCGGCGAGUCAGUUAAAAAUACGACUCGCCACCGCCUCGCCAUGUUGACGAGUUGA